AUAACUGAUAUAACUUUAGAGUCGCGAGGGAAAUGACAUAACAUUAAAUACGCACCAGUGAGCUGUCCCUUUAAGAUUUGUUUGGUGCCGCGGCAGAAAUACGUUCUGGCCUAGUGGACGAACAGAGAAAGUCCUCGCGCUUCAUGCUGCAGAUCGCUGCAGUGAGCGGCACACGCGCACAGUCAAGCGUUCGAUCCUAGUCAAACGCCAAUGAGCCCAAUGGAUGAAACAGCCUAUGAACUCUAUGGACCGCAAUCAGCGCAUCUUCAGCGGAGGCAGCACAUUCUAGCAGAAUGAGGGAUGGAGGGAGCGCACAAAACUAGUUAAACAACGGGACAGAGUCGUCAUGCGACACCAUAUACAAAGUCUCGCGCAUUUCAGAGGCGUUGGAGACUUUAUCGUAAUAUAGCGCUGUGGUUAAAUCUAAGAGAGCAGUUGAAGUGUAGUGUAGAGUGUUUAUCUCUUUUUCUCAUUUUUCCUUUCUCAUUUUGUUGCUCCUGAUACGUUUAAUAUAUGUCGUGGUGAAUUGCCUUUAGUUUAAAAACCAUAUUAUACUUAUGCCGUAAAUAAAAGCGCAUUUCUCGUUGGAAGACGGACCAAUGGCUUUUGCUGUCUUAGGAACGCUAUUACUGAUGCUCUCCAACAUCUACGGAUCUUUUGGGUCUCGCCCACGUGUAGAGGAUGUUUCCCCCAGGAUAGUGGAGAAUCCCUCUGAUCUGAUCGUGUCAAAGGGUGAGCCGGCCACCUUGAACUGCAAGGCAGAGGGUCGUCCCAUGCCCACGGUGGAGUGGUACAAAGAUGGUGAGCAUGUUGAAACCGAUAAGGACGACCCUCGCUCCCACCGCAUGCUGCUGCCUAGCGGCUCUCUUUUUUUCCUGCGCAUCGUGCACGGACGCCGCAGCAAGCCUGAUGAGGGUGUUUACACUUGUGUGGCCCGCAAUUACCUAGGAGAGGCUGUUAGCCGAAACGCCUCACUGGAAGUAGCCGUUCUACGGGAUGAUUUCCGCCAGCCUCCCAAUGAUGUGGUGGUGGCAGCCGGAGAGUCCGCUGUGCUGGAGUGCGUCCCUCCCCGGGGUCACCCUGAGCCAACCGUCUCCUGGAAAAGGAACAAUGUUCGUGUCAAUGACAAGGACGGCAGGAUCUCUAUGCGUAGUGGUAAGCUGAUGAUCUCUCACACCCGAAAGGGUGACGCAGGCAUGUACGUGUGUGUGGGCACCAAUAUGGUGGGUGAGAGAGACAGCGAUCCAGCCGAAUUGGUCGUGUUUGAGAGGCCAGUGUUCAUCCGCAGGCCUGUGAAUCAGAUUGUGGUGGCUGAGGAGACGGUUGACUUCAUGUGUGAGGUACAUGGCGAUCCCGCUCCCACUGUCCGCUGGAACAGAGAAGAGGGAGAACUUCCACGGGGGAGAUUUGAGAUCCACAGUGACAACAGCCUCCGUCUGAUCAGAGUCCGAGCGGAGGACGAGGGCACUUACACUUGUGUCACAGAAAACAGCGUGGGCAAAACGGAAGCCUCUGCUGUGCUACAGGUCCACGUACCCCCACAGAUUGAUAUCCGCCCACUGGACCAGGUCGCUGCCCAAGGACGGACUGUUACUUUUCAAUGUGGCACCCAGGGAAACCCCCCUCCGGCAGUUUUCUGGCAGAAGGAAGGCAGUCAGAUGCUGCUUUUCCCUGGCCAACCUCCUUCCCAGUCAGGUCGUUAUUCAGUGUCCAUGAGCGGAGAGUUGUCCAUCUCUGAUGUUCACUCUGAGGACUCAGGCUACUAUGUCUGCCAGGCAAUCAGUGUGGCAGGAAGUGUCCUCACCAAGUCUCUGCUGCAAGUGGAAACUGGCCCAUCAGAUCACGUCCCUCCUAUUAUCCGACAGGGCCCAGCCAACCAGACGCUCACUUUAGGCUCCAGCACCCUGCUUCAGUGCCAUGUGAUGGGCAGCCCAUUCCCCAGCGUCAGGUGGGAGAAGGACGGGCAAAGGGUUCUGGCCGAUGACAACCGCAUAAGCCUAAUGGAAAAUGGCACUUUACACAUCAAUGCCUUGAAGGAGACAGACUCAGGAAUGUACACCUGUAUCGCAUCCAGUUCCACUGGUGAGAUGAGUUGGAGUGGGACCGUGACAGUGAAAGCAACUGGAACGUCCUCUCUCCUGAGGGCCUCCCAGUCCUUGCAGCUGCCUGGUCCUCCUCAGAAGCCCGUCGUGACAGAUGUGAGCUCAAGCAGUGUCACUCUCACUUGGCAGCCCAACCCGCAUGAGGGCGGAGCUGCUGUCACUUCCUACAUCAUCGAAGCUUUCAGUCAGUCAGUGGGCAGCACAUGGCAAACCGUAGCUGACCUUGUGAAGCAGGAGAGGCACACUGUGUCCGGGCUCUACCCCAAUACUGUGUACCUGUUCAUCAUCCGAGCGGUCAACUCCUAUGGCCUGAGUGACCCCAGCCCCAUUUCAGAGCCUGUCCGAACACAAGAUGGCCCAGAGGGGCAGGUAAAGGAACAGGGGCACAUGCAGAUGGAUUUAGGAGGGGUCAAGGUGCAUCUGCAGACACUAGAAGUCUUGAGCCCAACUAGUGUUCAGAUAACAUGGACUCUUGACUGGCACCCACGGUAUAUUCAAGGUUACAGGUUAUAUUUCAGGCCUGUGGGGGGUGCUUGGAUGGUCCAGGACAUAAAGGCAGGUCCCCUGCAUACUGCUGUACUAACAGAGCUGCGCCAAGGAACAGAAUACGAGCUCAAAAUGAGACCAUAUUACAAUGAAUUCCAGGGCAUAGAGAGUGAAAUCAAAGUGGUUCGCACUCCAGUUGAAGGCAAGACUUUCACUGAUGCUUUUAUUUCUACUGUAAUGUUAAUGUCUUUUAAAUUUUCCUUAUCAUAUUUUCUGCUUUUAGUGCUAAGCAGCCCUCCUCAGGGAGUCAGUGUGGUGCAGUUAAGUAACAGUUCAAGCUUGCGAGUGUCCUGGCAGCCUCCUCUCUUAGUACCGGAUGAGCUCAUACUAGAGUACAGGGUGUGGUGUGUGGGAAAUGAAUCUCAGCAGGUGGUGAACAGGACCCUGGACGGUAAUGUGCUGUGGGUGCUGCUUGAUGGGCUGCCCGAGUCAAUGUAUCGGGUGCAGGUUGCAGCAGUGACGGCUGCAGGGGUGGGCGUUCACAGCAUGCCUGUGUUCAUCUUUCUGAAAGUACCAAUAGAUCAGUCCUCCUUGCCAGUGUUGAAGGUUGAUAGUGUCAGCCUAUCAGAGCAGAUAACAAGGGUGGUUCGCCAGCCAGCCUUCAUUGCUGGGAUUGGUGUUUCCUCCUGGAUGGUUCUAAUGGGCUUCAGCACCUGGAUCUACUGCAGACAUAGGAGGAGGAAAAAACUUGGCCAUUAUACUACCUCCUUUUCUUACACACCGGCAGUUGUGCUCUCUCAUGGGGAUGGGUCUGAUCUUAUGAAUGGAAGGCCAUGUUUGCUUGAGUCACACUUGGCUGAAUCCUGGCCCACCAGCAACUUCUCUCAUAAUGGAAAAGAGUCUGUUAACUGCUGUGCAGGCAGACUUGACUCUACAGAUCAAUACUACAACACUUCAGGAUUAUCGAAUUAUCUGAACCAGAAUGGGAAGUACAGCCCGGCCUCUAAUGAAGGCGCUAUAUACUGCACCAUCAACCCAUCGGAUGCAGAUGGGCAUGACCUAUGCAGUCUGUACUCUCAGGGUCCAGACCCAUACACCAGCAUUCCAAUCCUCUCCAAAACAGACCUCUACAGCCUGGACCAGGACCUGGACCAGUGGAGCCUUCAGUCCAGCCACAGUGGAGCAGAAUAUGCAAAACUUCAAUACCCAAAAGGAGGAAGUGCCAAACCGAUGAAGCAGAAGUAUCUGGGGCAAGCUUCCUCACCUACAUGGUCUGACAUGCUGUCUUUACCUCCGUCAAAAAACAAGGAGCUUCAAAACAAAGAGAAAAAACAGAGCCCUGAGGAGGAUGAAGAGUGGUGUCCUCCUUUGCCUAAGCGGACGUAUCUGAUCGAGGGUCUGGAAGAUGCAGCCACAGUGCCAUUAAGAGAAGAGGAAACCAACAGAGCAACUACUUAUAGCCUGCAGUCCACAGCAACUCUCACACCCUCCCCCAGCGAAGAACAAUACCCAACUUACCCACGCCUGCAGCAUCCAGACCUGCUGCCACGGAUGACACAGUGUGCAAACAAUGCACAGUUCUCUCUCUCCGACCCAAAGCCGUUAACAAAGACAGAAUCUCAUAAUGGCACCGUUCCUCACCACAGUGGCCCUUGGAGAGACAUUCAUGAAAUGGAGGAACUAUUCUCCAACAAUACAGGCACAAGAGAAUUCAUGUCGUACCAAUCAUCAAUUCAGAAGCCUAGACCUAAAAAGAAAUCACAGAAAGAUGGCCUUGCGAGACGGAAAGUGUUGAUACCAGGGAACCUGCCUCCUCCCCCUGAAACCCCCCCUGUCAUAGAAGACCCUCUGAAGCACCUGACAGAUAUCUUGGACAACAGUGGCAGCCGAACUCCCCCACAGCGCAGAGAGAGGCGAUUAGACCGCAGAACAGCAGCACAGUGGAGCACAGAAGAUGAAGACUUAAUCCAGUACUUCAAAGCAAACCUGCUGUCUAGCGGUCAGAUAUCUACUCACUGUUCUCUUUCGAGAAGCUCCGCCUCUCAAUCCUCCACAGCUUCGCGUUCCCUGGGGGCAGGACGGAGGAGAAAUGAGAAUAUUGUAUGAGGAUGUUGCCCUUGGCUCCCUGUUGUUCAUCACCAUCCAACAUGCAACAGUCAUGCCAUGUAUAUGCCUCCAUGCUCCUGUCCAUUAGCUCUCUUCAGUUCUGAUUUGUCUUUUUUAUUUUUUUGUUUUUUUUAGAAAAAUGUCUAUCAAAACGUUUUCCAUUGUUGCCCUACCUCUUUAUGUACAUAUAUUUUUGCAAUGUUUUUCCAGGCAUGCUGGAAAGUGUGCUAUUUUAUUAUUUAUUACUAUUGUUUAUUGUAUUAUUAGUUUAAAAAGAAAUGAAAUGUUCAAAAACAUAUUGUCAGAAAAAUCAAUUUAGAUAAACAUGAUAUUUGAAUGUAUAUGGUGCAUACAUGUAUGCCUGAAUGUCUACAGUACAAAAGUGUUAAUUUUUGUGACAAAAUAUAGCAAAACUUAUCAAGCACAGACAGUCUAUGUGAAGAAACCAUUAAAACAUUAGUAGGCCUCUAGAAUACCAGAUGUUUCUUGUUGUGAAUCUUAACCCGUACUCACUGAAGGUUCUGUUUUUUACCCCUGGAAAAUUGAUCUCACUAUGUCAGGCUGCCUUUCACAAAUGCAUUAAUCAUAUGCAGUUUUAUCAGCAACAUGCUUGGAUUGCAUAGUACAAAACACAAUAAAACUCAUGCUC